AUGAGUUUUGGAAGACCUCCCAAUGUCGAAUCGUCACCUGGAAAACCUCCUUUGAAAGGAAGUUUUCCCUUGGACCAUGACGGUGAAUGCAAGACGUUUAUGAAAGACUAUGUGAAAUGUCUGCGCGAAAAUAAGAACAAUAACGGUCUAUGCAGACAAUUCUCAGAAGCCUAUCUCAAAUGUCGUAUGGAAAACGGUUUAAUGGAUGAAGAAGAUACGAGAAACCUAGGAUUUGCAGAUUUACAUGGCGAAAAAUCGCAUCAAACUUAA